UGACGUAGCAGACUCCUCCUGUCGGGGAAUCCCCAAAACUCCACGCGUGAAUUUUUUUGCUUUGGUUUUGGAAGAAACGCUUUUUGUUGUUGUUUUGGAGGUUGGGGUGAUUCUCUCGAAACAUCACCCAAACAUCAUCGCAGCAAGAGUACCCGAUAACCGUUUUGGGAGAAGAGGUCAGCAAAGUGAAUUGUCGCAAGUUUUGCGAAUCUGAAACAGGACAUGGCAGAAAAUCCGGAGAGUCAAGAGUUUGCUGACCUCUGGGAGCGCAACCUCAUUUCAGCUCCAGAAGGUGGCUCUUGUUGGGACAUCAGUGAUGAGUACCUUCCGAAUUCGUUCGACCCAAGUUUUUUUAACUUGCUGACUGAACAGCCUCAGCCGUCCACCUCCCCGCCGACCUCCACUGUCCCAAUUGCCACCGAUUAUCCUGGUGAACAUGGGUUUAAACUGCAAUUCCCGCAAUCAGGCACUGCCAAAUCUGUAACCUGCACGUACUCCCCAGACCUGAACAAGCUCUUUUGCCAGUUGGCGAAAACGUGUCCAGUUCAAAUGGUGGUGGACAUUGCCCCUCCCCAAGGCUCGUUGCUCAGAGCAACUGCCAUUUAUAAAAAGUCUGAGCAUGUGGCUGAGGUGGUCCGACGUUGCCCCCACCAUGAGAGAACACCUGAUACUGAUGGAUUGGCUCCUGCUGCUCAUCUGAUCAGAGUGGAAGGAAACUUACGUGCUACUUACAAGGAAGAUGACAGCACCUCCAGGCACAGUGUAGUGGUGCCCUAUGAAGCUCCUCAGCUGGGAGCGGGAUUCACCACAGUAUUAUAUAAUUACAUGUGCAAUAGUAGCUGCAUGGGUGGCAUGAACCGCCGGCCCAUCCUCACAAUCAUCACUCUGGAGACUCAGGAUGGUCAGAUGCUGGGCCGCAGGUCUUUUGAGGUGCGUGUCUGUGCGUGCCCAGGCAGAGACAGGAAAACUGAAGAGAGCAACUUCAGGAAAGACCAGGAGACCAAAACCCCAAGCAAGAACCCCUCUACCACCAAACGAAGCAUCGUUAAAGAAUCAUCUUCAUCUGCGUCUCGACCGGAGGGCAGUAAGAAGGCCAAGAUGAGUGUCAGCAGUGACGAGGAGAUCUUUUCCCUGCAGGUGCGGGGUAGGGAAAGAUUCGAGAUGCUUAAGAAGAUUAAUGACAGUUUGGAAUUAAGUGAUGUUGUGCCUCCAUCUGAUGUGGACAAAUACCGGCAGAAAUUGGUGUCAAAAAACAAAAAAGAAAGAGAUGGCCAAACACCUGAACCCAAAAGAGGGAAAAAACUGAUGGUAAAGGAUGAAAAGAGUGAUUCUGAUUAAGAUGACGGGAUGCUGAAAGAAAAAGCAAAGGAGAAUUUUGAUAUAUAUAUUUUUUUUACUGCCUUUAUUUGACCAAAACAGCUUGUCAUAUAGGGAGCAUUUGGUGAAUUGCAGACCCAUGUGAUCCCUCAGUCUUGUGUUAUAUUUCAUCUUUUUCACUCCACUGGGACCUGUGCAAGUCAGCUGAUCCAGAAAAGUUCUGUGUGAGUAAGACUAGUAACAGCUGGGCGCUGUAGGUGGUGUAGUGCUCUUUCACCACUGGAGGAGCAAUACUGGCCUAUCAUUUUGAAUGAAUGUCCAGCAAUGAGGCAUAACUGUGUGUGGGAUUUUUUUUGUCCUGUUGUAGGUCAGUGCAGGUCACUUGCCUCCUAACACUUAGUUUCCUCACUCUGGUAAGGUUGUAAAGAAGUUUGUCACUGAAUUACUAGAUGGCCACUUUUUUGAAAAUGUAGUAAUGCCAGUAUUUUGUAACCUGUUCUGUAACCAGCAUUUCCUGAGUAUGAAUACUUAGAUGAAACAAGCAGCACUGUUUAUAGCCAAUAACUGUAAUAAAAACAACAAAAAAGCAA